AUGGCAAAAACUGCAAGAUAUACGGUGGAGAAUGAAAUGGGCUGUGGUCUAAUGGGAGCGUUUCUUCAACUAAAGAACUUGAGGCAAAGAAAAUCUGUCCUGUUUCAAAGUACUCCAACUUCCAGGAAGCAACCUGAGAAUUCCAGUGAAAUCGGACGUCUGAAAUCCUUAAAAUCGGAUAAGAAUCCAUCCAAAAUGGUCCAAAAAUCAUUGGAAAAGCCUGUUUCUGUUAGGAGAAGGCGUACAACUUCUCGUGUUCAAGGUACCGGAAUAUCAGAUGCAACGAGAAGUUCAAUGUCGUCCUCCAACAAUUCGAGCUCGAAUGGAGUGUCUCAACAUGUAAAUUCGUCCAACACGGGAAGGCACGCCAAGGGAACUUCCUUCACCUCGAGUGAUUUCAGCCUGACAGUUGCUGAUCAAAGUAAAUCUGACUCAAAUGGAACAUCGUAUCGAGCUUCUACGGGUAAUGUCAUGCUUUUAGGCCAUUUGGGUAACUUGAAGCAGCAGGGGAAGCAGAGUACAUCAAAUAGAUUGGAGAUUCAGGAGAAAAUGAUGAAGAAAUCCAAGGAAAUGACCCCUCGAUUUGGAAACAUAUUACGUAGUUUAUCAAAUAGAUUGGAUCCUGAUGUUUUGAAGUCCUUGGGGAAUGAAAAGUAUAAGCAGGCAAAGUACGAGGAGGCCUUGGCAUUAUACAACCAAGCAAUCGCUAUUGAUCCGAGCAAGGCUUGCUAUUAUAGCAACAAAAGUGCAGCCUUGAUGGGUUUAGGCCGCCUCAUAGAGGCAGUUUUUGAAUGUAGAGAGGCUAUCCAGAUAGAUCCUCUGUACUUUAAUGCUCAUUGUCGUCUAGCAAAAUUGUAUUUGAGAUUGGGAGAACCCGAGAAAGCAUUGUGUCACUACAAGUGCUCAGGGCGCAAGGCUGGCAAUGAAGACAUCGUUCAAGCUCAAGCUCUCAAGACGUGCCUUGACAGGUGUUCUGAAGCUCAGAAUCUAGGAGAUUGGAAAAAAUUGCUGAAUGAGUCUCAGAUUGCACUGUCCUCAGGAGCAGAUUCAGCUCCACUGAUCUAUGCAAUGAAAGUAGAAGCACUGAUGAAACUUCAUAGGCACCAAGAGGCAUGUAAGGCUAUCAAGAAGGGCCCGAAUUUCAGCAUUCCACUCUGCACUCAGUUUUUCGGCUCCUCUGCCACCGCUGCACUACUAAUCAUUCGAUCCCUGGUUUACCUGGCCAUCGGCAGGUUUGAGGAUGCUGUGGCUGCUGCUCAGAAUGCUGUAGGACUUGAUGCAAGACAUGAAUCAAGUUUGAUAGCAAAAAGAGUUAAAUUUGUGGCAUUGGCUCGAUCAAAUGGUAACCAGCUAUUCAAAGAAUCCAGGUUUUCAGAGGCUUUUACUGCAUAUACAGAAGGACUAGAACAUGAUCCUUAUAACUCAAUUCUGCUCUGCAAUCGAGCUGCUUGCCGAUUCAAAUUAGGCCAGUAUGAGAAAGCAGUAGAAGAUUGCACUGCAGCUCUUAAUGUGCAUCCAUCGUACAGCAAGGCCAGAUUGCGUAGGGCAAAUUGCAACUCUAAGUUGGAAAGAUGGGAUGCUGCUAUUCAAGAUUACGAGGUUUUGAUGCAAGAAAUUCCAGGAGAUGAGGAAGUAACUAACUCAUUGUUGGAGGCAAAGCUGCAACUCAAGAAGCAGCAUUUUGGUGAUCAUAAGGAAACACAAAUUGGCAACAAAGAUUUCAGAUACUUUAUAGAUGCACCUGAUAAUGCUGGGAACGAUGUGAUUGGUAUUGACUUGGGUACCACAAACUCUUGUGUUGCUGUCAUGGAAGGGAAGAACCCAAAAGUUAUUGAGAAUGCUGAGGGUGCUCGGACCACUCCAUCGGUGGUUGCUUUUAGCCAAAAGGGAGAGCUACUCGUUGGUACACCAGCAAAACGUCAGGCUGUCACCAAUCCGACAAACACGCUUUUUGGAACGAAGCGUCUAAUUGGGAAGUCUGUAAACAAAGCCAUGGUCACAGUUCCAGCAUAUUUUAAUGAUGCUCAAAGACAGGCUACCAAGGAUGCUUGGAGAAUUGCAGGCCAUGAUGUGCAGAGAAUUAUUCAUGAACCUACGGCUGCUGCGUUAUCCUAUGGUAUGAGCAACAAGGAGGGUCUUGUUGCUGUUUUUGAUCUUGGAGGUGGAACCUUUGAUAUUUCCAUCUUGGAGAUAUCAAAUGUUGUCUUUGAGGUGAAAGAUACCAAUGGUGACACAUUUUUGGGAGGAGAGGAUUUUGAUAAUGCACUGUUAGAAUUUUUGGUGAACGAGUUAAAGAGAACUGAUGGAAUUGAUUUAGCAAAAGACAAGCUUGCUAUGCAGAGACUUCGAGAGGCAGCUGAGAAAGCAAAGAUAGAGCUUUCUUCAACGUCUCUGACUGAAAUCAACUUACCUUUUAUUAUUGGUGAUGCAUCUGGGGCUAAGCAUUUGAAUAUAACAUUGAGUAUAUCAAAGUUUGAGGCUUUUGUGAAUCACUUGAUCGAAAGGACUAAGUCUCCUUGCAAGAAUUCUUUAAAGGAUGCUGGCAUUUCAACAAAUGAGGUUGAUGAAGUUCUCCUUAUUGGAGGAAUGACCCGUGUUCCUAAAGUCCAAGAAAUUGUUUCAGAAAUCUUUGGCAAGUCGCAAAGCAAAGGUGUGAAUCCUGAUGAGGCAGUUGCCAUGGGAGCUGCUAUUCAGGGUGGUAUCCUACGCGGCGAUGUGAAAGAGGUGCUUCUCCUGGAUGUUACUCCUCUAUCUCUUCGUAUUGAGACACUAAGAGGCAUCUUUACCUGGUUGAUCAAUAGAAAUACCACCAUUCCCACAAAGAAAAGUCAAACUUUGCCCAAACAUUUAGCAAAAGAAAAGCUUGCUAUGCAGAGACUUCGAGAGGCAGCUGAGAAAGCAAAGAUAGAGCUUUCUUCAACGUCUAUGACUGAAAUCAACUUACCUUUUAUUAUUGGUGAUGCAUCUGGGGCUAAGCAUUUGGAUAUAACAUUGAGUAUAUCAAAGUUUGAGGCUUUAGUGAAUCACUUGAUCGAAAGGACUAAGUCUCCUUGCAAGAAUUCUUUAAAGGAUGCUGGCAUUUCAACAAAUGAGGUUGAUGAAGUUCUCCUUAUUGGAGAAAUGACCCGUGUUCCUAAAGUCCAAGAAAUUGUUUCAGAAAUCUUUGGCAAGUCGCAAAGCAAAGGUGUGAAUCCUGAUGAGGCAGUUGCCAUGGGAGCUGCCAUUCAGGGUGGUAUCCUACGCGGCGAUGUGAAAGAGGUGCUUCUCCUGGAUGUUACUCUUCUAUCUCUUCGUAUUGAGACACUAAGAGGCAUCUUUACCUGGUUGAUCAAUAGAAAUACCACCAUUCCCACAAAGAAAAGUCAAGAUCGGUCGGUACUUGAAGAAAGGUCUCUAUUCGUAGCGUGUCGUUACCGGAGCUCCGAUUUAUAUGGCUCCUUGAGUACCUUGCUGCUGAGGAAUGAUGAGGAGCACGGAAAACUUCUAGCCGAAGUGACAAUUGCUUAUGGAGGAGUUCAACCGAACAUCAAUCCGGUGCUUCUGCCUAAGAAAUAUGUGAAAGCUGGGAAGGAGCAUGCGAAAUCCCCUACCAAGGCAACUAAAUCUCCCAAGAAGACCAAAUCUUCGUGCUGCAACCGUUGCGCUAUCUCCCAAGAAGGCCUAAUCUUCGGGCUGCAAUCGUUGCGCUAUCUCUGA